CCGCGAGUUUCUUUCCGGCUUUAUCAACCUGUACCGCGAGGAGGAGUGUCUGCGGUUGACUCCUCACAGGACUACAGCAACAAGCAGAAGAGGGAGGCUGCUUAUACACGCAUGGUGGAGUACCCCAAGCCCACCUUUUCUGCUGCCUCAGUGGCCUGGGUCCGAAAGAAGAUUGCCAAUCUACGGACAGUCUUUGUCAAAGAAAAUCGCAAGGUGGAGGAGUCCAAGAGGUCAGGGGCCGGUGCAGACAAGAUGCAUGUGCCGCAGCUGUGGUACUUUAAAGAUCUCAACUUCCUCCUGGAGAAAAGGUCAGCUAAGGAGUCCAUGGUGGUGAUGGCCGAUUUCGGGGAGGGAAGUCUGGACGUGGAGCUGGCCGAAGGGACAUCUGAAGAAGACCUCAGCCAUACCCCUACCCUCAUCAACACCUCCCCAGACGAACCAACCUCUCCGCAGCAACCUACUGGCAAGAGGAAGCCACGGAAACCAAAAUUUGUAGAAGACCCUCUCCUAUCGGAGGCCCGUUCACAGCUGCUACAUAAACCAGAUGAGUUUAUUGACUUUGCUUCAUAUGUGAGCAAAACUAUGCGGAAGGUUUCUGCGCAGCAGCAAGUAGAGGGCCAGCGCCUGGUGUCGCAGGUUUUGUACCAAACACUCUCAGGGCAACUGACACCAGAGUGGAACGUUUAUGGGCCAGAACCUCAAGCACCUGCUCCUCAUCUCCCACUGACCUUCAGUUCACCACCACCCACCUACCCUACAUCCACUACUCCACAUCCAGCUACCAUUCCAGUUAUCCACAACCGCAGGCCCAAUCCAACUACCCUUCCUCCACUUUCCAUCCUCCUCAAACCCCUCCUCAUCAAACCAUCCACCCUCAACCGUUUUCGUCAACCCCCAACCCCCAAUCCUGUGAAUCCUGGGAUUGGAGGCUCCAAUCCCGGCAUUCAAAUCCGGCAUUUUUUGGCCUAAAUCCUGUGAUCCCGCCGAUCCCGGGAUUGGCCUCCCUAUUGGCCACAUAUGUCUUAAUAUGUUUUCAAAGCAAUUUCAUGUGCUUCAUCAUGAAAACUUUAUACUGUUUGAAAAAGUUCAGCCAUGUUGGCUGCAUAUUUAAAAAAAGUUAUAGGCAUUUUUAUACGUUUCUUAAAUGGGAAUGCUGACCUUGAUAUAUAUAGCAACAG